AUGAAGAUGAGCGUGAUCCAGCACCUGACGCCCAACUCUUCCAUCAAGCAGUUCCACGUUGACGGCCAGGCGAUGGACAGCGACGAGAUGUAUACCUUCAUCAGGGUCACCUCGACUCCCCGCGAGUUGGCCCUAGUCGACACUGGCUUCAAGGUGGCCGACACCAUCCUGCUCUUCAAGGCGCUCGAAAAGAGCAAGAGCGUCGAGUAUCUACGGCUUGAAGUCAACACCGUUGGCAUACAAGGUGCCAAGCAGUUCACAGCCCUGCUGCGAACUGCUUGGCACCCCCGGAUGAAGCUACAGGCCAACGGAGCUGUGGCCAUAGCGGCCGCGCUAGCUGAGAACACCACGCUCGUUUCCCUUCGUAUCGCCAGCAACUCCAUCGGGCCCAUGGGCGCCCGGGCUCUCGCCGAAACUCUCAAAACGAACUCGUCACUCUCGGUACUCGACCUGCGAGACGCCAUCGGCACCAGUGGCGCUGUGGCCUUUGCGACCACCUUGAAGAUGAACUGCAAACUUGAAGAGCUCCACGUUUGCGGGAAUGUGAUAUCCGAGGAAGGCAUCGUUGCCAUCGCGGAGGCAGUCAUGGACAACAAGUCGCUCAAGAUUCGCUGUUCGCCAACAGAUUCGGAAGCAGCUGUUGCACAUGCUGCCGCUCACUCAGACUCUGAGCAUCUCUGUGUGUACACGUGUGGGCCCGAGAUCGAGCAGUUGUGUGCCGCCCUAGCUCAGAACAAAUCCACCCAGGAGGUCGAGAUCAACUGCUACCUCAACCUGGACGACGGCACGGCGCUGGCUCACCUGUUCAAGACUACCACGACGAUCUAG